AUGACCUGCUUUGAAGAUCUGGCAGUGAUCAACUCUGCGGAACUCACCCGGGCUAUUCCCAGUCCUUCUUAUGCCACUUGGAUUGGACUUAGUAGAUCCAGUGCUGGGGAUUUUGUGUGGGUCAUUGAUAAUCAAACAGUUUAUGGAAACUGGGCUUCCGGAGAGCCAACUAAUAACAACUGCGUAUACCUGCAAACUAACAAAAUGUGGAGCAGUUAUCCCUGCAGCAAUGUCCUCUGGUAUAUGUGUCAGGAAGACCCCUAUCAGGGAACCUUGACAGCUUCCAGUAUCACCAGCUAUUCAGUCAUGCUGAACUGGACUCAGGCACCAGGGCCGGUGACCUCCUAUACCCUGAAAGUGACCGGACCUACAAAUCAGACGCAAACCCUCACGCUGGGCAACGUCACCGGGACCGUUCUGCAGAACCUGAUCCCGGCCAGCUUGUACACAUUCGAAGUGAUCCCAAAUAAAUGCCAACAAAGCCUGAACUCAGUCACGGGCUCCGCUUACACGAGUCCACCCCCCAGCCCAAGCCCAUUUGAGAAACGGUUUUACGUUCCUUCAGGUUCUCUCACCUGGGAUGCCGCCAGGAGUACUUGUCAGUCCUGCUUUGAAGAUCUGGCAGUCAUAAAUUCAGCAGCACGAACGCUGAAUGUCCCCAACUCUGGAAUUUCUAUGUGGAUUGGAUAUCGGAGGGCAAGCGAUAACUUCUUUGCAUGGGUUGAUGGGAACCAGACACUGUACAGCAACUGGGUCACAGGAGCAGACAGCAUUACUAGCUACGAUUGUGCUUACCUGCAGACAAAUAUGAUGUGGAAGAGCUACGUGUGUUACGGUUCCUUGGGCUUUCUCUGCCAGGAAGACCCCUAUCAGGGAACCUUGACAGCUUCCAGUAUCACCAGCUAUUCAGUCACACUGAACUGGACUCAGGCACCAGGGCCAGUGACCUCCUAUACCCUGAAAGUGACCGGACCUACAAAUCAGACGCAAACCCUCACGCUGGGCAACGUCACCGGGACCGUUCUGCAGAACCUGAUCCCGGCCAGCUUGUACACAUUCGAAGUGAUCCCAAAUAAAUGCCAACAAAGCCUGAACUCAGUCACGGGCUCCGCUUACACGAGUCCACCCCCCAGCCCAAGCCCAUUUGAGAAACAGUUUUACGUUCCUUCAGGUUCUCUCACCUGGGAUGCCGCCAGGAGUACUUGUCAGUCCUGCUUUGAAGAUCUGGCAGUCAUAAAUUCAGCAGCACGAACGCUGAAUGUCCCCAACUCUGGAAUUUCCAUGUGGAUUGGAUAUCGGAGGGCAAGCGAUAACUUCUUUGCAUGGGUUGAUGGGAACCAGACACUGUACAGCAACUGGGUCACAGGAGCAGACAGCAUUACUAGCUACGAUUGUGCUUACCUGCAGACAAAUAUGCUGUGGAAGAGCUACGUGUGUUACGGUUCCUUGGGCUUUCUCUGCCAGGAAGACCCCUAUUAUGGAACAGUAACUUUCUCUAACAUCACCACCUCCUCGAUUACUGUGAACUGGACACAAGCACCAGGGCCAGUUGACUCCUACACGGUUACUGUGAGUGGACCGAUGGGCUGGAGUCGAUCCAUCUCCGUGGGCAACGUCACAGGAACAGUUUUGAAUUACCUGAUCCCUAAUUCCAAUUAUACUUUUCAAAUUGUCCCUACAAAGUGCAGCAUUGAGCUCAACCCUGCUGUCGGAUAUGCUAGUACAAGCCAGAUGUUCAUCCCCAGCCAACCAGAAAAAAGGUUUUAUGUUAAGAAAUCACCUCUGAGUUGGAAUGACGCCCGACAAGCAUGCAUGUCUUGUUUCCAAGAUCUGGCUGUCCUGAACUCUGCAGAAAAGAUGCAAGCUGUUCCCAUCACUGGUCUGAACUUGUGGAUGGGAUACUACCAAGUGGUCAAUGGGAUCUAUCUGUGGGUUGAUGGAAAUGAGACGUUUUAUAACAACUGGGCAGCUAGCCAGCCUAACAUUGCUGGCAACUGUGCAUACAUGGCAACCACCAAACUUUGGUACAGUUAUUCAUGCAGCUACGCCAUGCCAUACAUCUGCCAAGAAGACAGGUACUAUGGAAUCAUCACAUUCUCAGAUAUAAAUAGUUCUUCAGUCACCCUGAAUUGGACACAAGUGCCUGGGCCUGUUGACUCCUAUAAGCUGACAAUAAUUGGACCCACCACUCCGACCUGGACCCUGACGCUGAGCAACCUAACAGGAACUGUGGUGAACUAUUUGAUCCCUGGCAGCUUGUACACAUUUGUCGUCAUUCCCAAUAAAUGUGGGUUUCAGCUGGACAAUGCCACCAGUUCAAUAUAUACAUCUCCUUCGUCAUCUGCCAGUUCCAACCAAAGAGAGAAAAGGUUUUACGUUUCAACAGACGUUCAAACCUGGUUCAACGCCAGACUCACUUGUAUGUCCUGCUUUGAAGACCUGGCUGUCAUAAACUCUGCAGAAAAGGCCUUGUCAGUUCCCUCCAGGAGUUUUACCAUGUGGAUUGGCUACCGGCUCCUAGCAGAUGGACCCUAUGUGUGGGUCGAUGAAAACCAGACGGCAUAUGAGAGCUGGGCACAAGGACAGCCAGAUUCUAACAACGUCUGUGUGUUCAUUACGUCAAAUAAGAAGUGGAACACUUAUAACUGUCAGUACUCCAUGCAGUAUCUGUGCCAAGAAGACAGAUAUUAUGGAAACUUGUCUUUUUACAACAUCACCAGUACAUCCAUGGCCUUCAACUGGACACAAGCUUCUGGGCCUAUUGACUCCUAUUCAGUGGUGGUGACAAGUCCAGCAGGUUUCUCUCGGACAAUCACAGUGGGCAAUGUGACUGAAACGGUUGUGACUGGUCUAAGUUCAAGCAGCGUCUACACAGUUCAGGUCUUUCCCACUAAGUGCAAUAUUCAGCUGGACCCGGCCAAUGGCUCUGCUUGCACAGCUCCACCUUCACCCGGAGGGAUUACUGUUACAAAUGUGGGAACCAAUUUCGUGUCUCUUGUUUGGGACGCCCCGUCGGAUAUGUCCAUGAAGUCCUACAGCUUUAUCAUCACCUACUUCAGCAGCUACUGGGGACAAAGCGGCUCCACCAAUUCAAGUUCCCUCUCUGCCACGGUGACGAAUCUAAGAGCAGGCAGCAUGUACAUCUUCAAUGUGACAACAGUACAUACGACCUGUGGCCACAGCGCCCCUUCAUCCAUUGCCGUCUACACAAAUGCCACCACAAAAAUCCUGCUUCUAAAAGUCAGAGUGAGCUCCAUCAGUCCUUGCACUGAAGAGAUGAUGCAAACUUUGAUCGGGAACAGACUGAACUUGCUGUUUGCUGACAUCUACUGGACACUUGGGAAUAUGGAACAGAAAUGUUAUGGAACUCCGCCCUGAAGAGGGAAUAAACAGGAUUGGCUUCGAGAGACAUUUGCCUGGCUUGCUGCUAUUAAAAGAGAGUCAGCUAAUUUACCAGAAUCCCUUUGCACCAUCAUGUAUGAAGGACGCCGUCUUUGAAACCCUUUAAUCCUUCCCUCAGAUCUGUCACAGACGUCUCUUUAUGAUUCUUAGAAGGUCCUUAUUGAAAUCAAUGUAACACUGUAGUGAAAGCAGCCACAGCCACGCCCCUGUCUUAUGACAUCACUACACACAAAUGGCUCCGAUUGGUGUAUCACAAAGGACAGCUCUACCUUUGGACUGCUACCUUGCUCCCUAUGAAGCUGAUUUUCUGCUGUCCUUUUUGGUAAAUGAUCAUUUCUACCCACAGAGAUAGAAUUUUGAAAUAAACACUUGAAUUAAAAAAAA